CUAUCUCUCUCUCUAGUGCUUUGCUUUGUGAUAAUGGCGACGGAGAGGAGAUCUGUGAUUACUCUGGGAGGAAAAGGCUCUUCAUUCUCUUCUUCCUCUGUUUACAAGGUUGCUUGCGGCGUCGCUGAUGCACGAAUCGACUCUUCUGCGAUCGAGAGAUUCUCCACUAAAGCCCUUCCAUUGAUCAAAGGAAGCUCCUUUCGUAUCCCUUCUGAAGAGUUAACGAAGGAAGAGAUCCGAGCUUCUCUGGUUGUGCUCUUAAACAAGCUUCUUUUGUCAAACUCAGGUUCGCCUUCUUCCUCCACCGUCCGCUCUGUUAUUCCGGUUAAGAUACUGGAGAUUCUGAACUCAAAGGAUGAGACUUUCGGGUUCGGUGAUGUGGAAGUGACGGAAGGGGAGAUUGUUGUGUUGGAGAAGUCUUGUGCUUCGUUGGUUGGAGUAUGUUCGGUUAUAGAUCACAAAGCGACGGUUUUGUCACAGAUUGUGGACUCUGUUGCUGCCUUGAGCUGUGAGGCUACAAAAGGUGAUAUCACUUCGUUUAGUUCGUUGGAUUCUGGAGAUGGGUUUGGUAACAAAGAUGCGAUCGGUGUCGCUGGUGAUCUCAAGGUUUUGCUGAAUGGGUCUAAAGCUGUGGGGAAAGCUGAGGAGGUGGAAGAGGUUUCGAAGAUUCCGAGGAUUCAUGGGAAGUUCAGAGAUGUGGUGAGGAGUGUGCACUCGGAUGCUCGUGUUGAGUUGAACUCAGGUGUUGUUAAAGGAGGUGGAAUUGGUGAGGCUUUAGGAGCAACGUUGUCAGGUUUGUGUGUGCCGAUUAAAAGAUUAGGAGAAUGUUCGUUCCUUCGUGCUAAGCUUUGUGUUGAGUCCAUUGGGAAUGAGAGUCUGAAGAAUCUGCUGUUGGAAAAGAGUUUUGUUGAGUAUGAGAAUCUGAAGAGUGGUGUUAAGUUAGCUUUUGUUGAAGAGGAUCCUUGCAGAUUAGCUCAUAAGUUGAAUGAGUCUCUGGGGGUUGUGUGGAGAAUCGUCGGUUUGGAAGCAGCUGCUGCCUAUUUUGCACUUUCUGGUGGAGACAAAGAGGAGCCAAAGAGCGAUAAGAAGAAUAAGAAGAAAGCAGUUUUGGGGAAAGGGACAAGCGUCAUUAUCCAGUUUAUCAAAGAGAGAUUGGGGAGUAACGAGGGAGCAAAUGGUGGUGACCAGGUGGAGCAAAUCUUGAAUCUUUAUGAUCCGGAGGGUCACGGUUUUGAUUGCUUAUUGGCUAAAGUGAAAGAGAUUGUAGAAAGUAAUGAAAACAGGAGACUCCCUAAGCUUCCAAAGGGUACUCGAGAUUUUGCUCAAGGGAAGAUGAUAAUCAGAGAAAAAGCAUUUUCAAUCAUUCAGAAUGUUUUCAAGAAACACGGUGCAACUGCACUUGACACUCCUGUGUUUGAAUUGAGAGAGACACUUAUGGGCAAGUAUGGAGAAGACUCUAAGCUGAUCUACGAUCUUGCUGAUCAGGGUGGAGAGAUUUGUUCUUUACGAUAUGAUCUGACUGUUCCAUUUGCGCGGUACGUGGCUAUGAACGGUAUCACAUCGAUCAAAAGAUACCAAAUAGCUAAGGUGUACAGAAGAGACAAUCCAUCUCACGGGAGGUACAGAGAGUUUUAUCAGUGUGAUUUCGAUAUCGCUGGUUUGUCUGAACCGAUGGGACCUGAUUUCGAAGUCGUCAAGAUUUUAACUGAGCUCCUUGAUAAACUGGAGAUUGGAGACUAUGUGGUGAAACUGAAUCAUAGAAAGUUGCUUGAUGGGAUGCUGGAGAUAUGUGGAGUACCGGCUGAGAAAUUCAGAACCAUCUGUUCAAGUAUCGAUAAGUUAGACAAGCAAUCGUUUGAGCAAGUGAAGAAAGAGAUGGUGGAGGAGAAGGGUUUGUCAUCAGAGAUUGCAGACAGAAUUGGGAGCUUUGUCAAGGAGAAAGGAGCUCCUAUGGAGCUAUUGACUAAACUGAGAGAAGAAGGGAGCGAGUUUUUAGGCAACAAGUCAGCAAAAGAAGCUCUUGAUGAGUUGAGUAUAAUGUUUGAAGCUCUUGAGAGAUCAAAGUGCAGUGACAGAGUAGUCUUUGAUCUGAGUCUUGCUAGAGGUCUUGAUUAUUACACCGGGGUCAUCUUUGAAGCCGUUUGUAUAGGAGCUGAGGUUGGAUCAAUUGCUGCUGGUGGUCGAUACGAUAACCUUAUAGGAAUGUUUGGAGCAAAGCAAGUCCCUGCGGUUGGCAUGAGCCUUGGGAUCGAGAGAGUGUUUAACAUAUUGGAAAACAAACAAAAUCUGAAAGAGGAACCAAAACGAGUUGUUAGGUCUACAGAGACAAAAGUUUUGGUAAGUAUAAUGGAGGAAGAUAAGCUAGGGGAAGCUGCAGAACUGGCUAGUCAGUUAUGGGAAGCUGAUAUCAGUGCAGAGUAUCUUGUUACGAAAAGGAAUUCAAAGCAUUUCGAUUGGGCAAAGGGUUCGAAGAUACCUUGGAUGGUGGUUGUUGGCAAGACAGAGCUCAGUGAAGGUGUUGUGACAUUGAAAAAGAUGGUCGAGGGGAGUGAGGAGGAAAUUAAAGGUGUUCCUAGAGACAGUUUCGUUGCAGAGUUGUUAAAACGCCUCUAACUGAGUUUUCUUUGAAGUGAUAUCAAAAAAGGUACACACACAGAGUCACAUGCUUACUGGUUCGAUUCCAGGGAAAGGAAACAUAUUAUGUUUGCAUUUUUAAAUUUUAAAUAUACAAUUCUGAUGAUGACUCAAAAAUCUUAUGAUUGGUGUUGUUGAAGAUAAGAAGUAAUGACUUGGUUUUUACUAUUUAGAGGAGAGGAAUUGAAUUGAUUUGA